ACCGAGUCGAGGGCUCGCUUGCAGUGGCCGCCCGAGACUCUUAAUCGCGGGCGCUUGGGCCGCCAUCUUAGAUGGCGGGAGUAAGAGGAGAACGAUUGUGAGGUGGGAAGGGUUUUCUGCUGCAUUCCUUGGGCCCCGAAAAGGGUCAGCUGGCCGGGCUUUGGGGCGCGUGCCCUGAGGCGCGGAGCGCGUGUGCUACGAUGCGGGGGCUACUCGGGGCUCCGUCCCCUGGGCUGGGGACGCGCCGAAUGUGACCGCCUCCCGCUCCCUCACCCGCCGCGGGGAGGAGGAGCGGACGAGAAGCUGCCACCGGACGACAGGACGUUGGGGCGGCCUGGCUCCCUCAGAUACUGAGCAAGAUUGGCAGGGUUCUGCCCUUAUGGAGCAGAAGGAAGGUAGGGAGACGGACUAAAACUUGAAAACUAUCUAACGUUUAAGAAUUGUUUAAGCUGCAUCAAUGGAGCACAUACAGGGAGCUUGGAAGACGAUCAGCAAUGGUUUUGGAUUCAAAGAUGCCGUGUUUGAUGGCUCCAGCUGCAUCUCUCCUACAAUAGUUCAGCAGUUUGGCUAUCAGCGCCGGGCAUCAGAUGAUGGCAAACUCACAGAUCCUUCUAAGACAAGCAACACUAUCCGUGUUUUCUUGCCAAACAAGCAAAGAACAGUGGUCAAUGUACGAAAUGGAAUGAGCUUGCAUGACUGCCUUAUGAAAGCACUCAAGGUGAGGGGCCUUCAACCAGAGUGCUGUGCAGUGUUCAGACUUCUCCAUGAACACAAAGGUAAAAAAGCACGCUUAGAUUGGAAUACUGAUGCUGCCUCUUUGAUUGGGGAAGAACUUCAAGUAGAUUUCCUGGAUCAUGUUCCGCUCACAACACACAACUUUGCUCGGAAGACGUUCCUGAAGCUUGCCUUCUGUGACAUCUGUCAGAAAUUCCUGCUCAAUGGAUUUCGAUGUCAGACUUGUGGCUACAAAUUUCAUGAGCACUGUAGCACCAAAGUACCUACUAUGUGUGUGGACUGGAGUAAUAUCAGACAACUCUUAUUGUUUCCAAAUUCCACUAUUGGUGAUAGUGGAGUCCCAGCACUACCUUCUUUGACUAUGCGUCGUAUGCGAGAGUCUGUUUCCAGGAUGCCUGUUAGUUCUCAGCACAGGUAUUCUACACCUCACGCCUUCACCUUUAACACCUCCAGUCCCUCAUCUGAAGGUUCCCUCUCCCAGAGGCAGAGGUCGACGUCCACACCUAAUGUCCACAUGGUCAGCACCACCCUGCCUGUGGACAGCAGGAUGAUUGAGAAUAACAGCCUGAAUGCUUCUCCCAGGGCGUGGUCCAGACGAUUUUGUUUGAGGGGAAGAGAUGCAAUUCGAAGUCACAGCGAAUCAGCCUCACCUUCAGCCCUGUCCAGUAGCCCCAACAAUCUGAGCCCAACAGGCUGGUCACAGCCGAAAACACCCGUGCCAGCACAAAGAGAGCGGGCACCAGUAUCUGGGACCCAGGAGAAAAACAAAAUUAGGCCUCGUGGACAGAGAGAUUCAAGCUAUUACUGGGAAAUAGAAGCCAGUGAAGUGAUGCUGUCCACUCGGAUUGGGUCAGGCUCUUUUGGAACUGUUUAUAAGGGCAAAUGGCACGGAGACGUUGCAGUAAAGAUCCUAAAGGUUGUCGACCCAACCCCAGAGCAAUUCCAGGCCUUCAGGAAUGAGGUGGCUGUUCUGCGCAAAACACGGCAUGUGAACAUUCUGCUUUUCAUGGGGUACAUGACAAAGGACAACCUGGCAAUUGUGACCCAGUGGUGCGAGGGCAGCAGCCUCUACAAACACCUGCAUGUCCAGGAGACCAAGUUUCAGAUGUUCCAGCUAAUUGACAUUGCCCGGCAGACGGCUCAGGGAAUGGACUAUUUGCAUGCAAAGAACAUCAUCCACAGAGACAUGAAAUCCAACAAUAUAUUUCUCCAUGAAGGCCUAACAGUGAAAAUUGGAGAUUUUGGUUUGGCAACAGUAAAGUCACGCUGGAGUGGUUCUCAGCAGGUUGAACAACCUACUGGCUCUGUCCUGUGGAUGGCCCCAGAGGUGAUCCGAAUGCAGGAUAACAACCCAUUCAGUUUCCAGUCGGAUGUCUACUCCUAUGGCAUCGUAUUGUAUGAGCUGAUGACGGGGGAACUUCCUUACUCUCACAUCAACAACCGAGAUCAGAUCAUCUUCAUGGUGGGGCGAGGGUAUGCCUCCCCAGAUCUUAGUAAGCUAUAUAAGAACUGCCCCAAAGCAAUGAAGAGGCUGGUAGCUGACUGUGUGAAGAAAGUAAAGGAAGAGAGGCCUCUUUUUCCCCAGAUCCUGUCUUCCAUUGAGCUGCUCCAACACUCUCUACCGAAGAUCAACCGGAGCGCUUCCGAGCCAUCCUUGCAUCGGGCAGCCCACACUGAGGAUAUCAAUGCUUGCACGCUGACCACGUCCCCGAGGCUGCCUGUCUUCUAGUUGACUUUGCACCUGCCCUCAGGCUGCCAGGGGAGGAAGAGAAGCCAGCAGGCACCACUUUUCUGCUCCCUUUCUCCAGAGGCAGAACACAUAUUUUCAGAGAAGCUGCUGCUAAGGACCUUCUAGACUGCUCACAGGGCCUUAACUUCAUGUUGCCUUCUUUUCUAUUCCUUUGGGCCCUGGGAGAAGGAAGCCAUUUGCAGUGCUGGUGCGUCCUGCUCCCUCCCCGCAUCCCCCAUGCUCAAGGCCCAGCCUUCUCUAGAUGCGCAAGUGGAUGUUGAUGGUAGUACAAAAAGCAGGGGCCCAGCCCAGCUGUUGGCUACAUGAGUAUUUUGAGGAAGUAAGGUAGCAGGCAGUCCAGCCCUGAUGUGGAGACACAUGGGAUUUUGGAAAUCGGCUUCUGGAGGAAUGCAUGUCACAGGUGAGACUUUCUUCAGAGAGUGGUGCAGCGCCAGACGUUUUGCACAUAAGGCACCAAACAGCCCAGGACUGCCGAGACUCUGGCCGCCUGAAGGAGCCUGCUUUGGUACUAUGGAACUUUUCUUAGGGGACACAUCCUCCUUUCACAGCUUCUAAGGUGUCCAGUGCAUUGGGAUGGUUUUCCAGGCAAGGCACUCAGCCAGUCCCCAUCUCGGCCCUCAGGGAGCAGUCUUCCAUCAUGCUGAAUUUUGUCUUCCAGGAGCUGCCCCUAUGGGGCGGGGCCGCAGGGCCAGCCUUGUUUCUCUAACAGCCUUGUUUCUCUAGUCACAUCAUGUGUAUACAAGGAAGCCAGGAAUACAGGUUUUCUUGAUGAUUUGGGUUUUAAUUUUGUUUUUAUUGCACCUGACAAAAUACAGUUAUCUGAUGGUCCCUCAAUUUUAUGUUAUUUUAAUAAAAUAAAUUAAAUUUA